GGGUCCCAGACGCGGCCGCCUCUUCAGUACAUCUCGUCCAUCGUUCGAGAAAAGCUAUCGCGCAUUCAGUGUAGUGCCGUAGCUAUCCCGACGAUCCAUCUUCCCUAAGUUUAUUAUCACUGUCUCACUUAUCUCUGUUUCACGAUCGCUGACCUGACCUUAUCAGCCACAUCUGAGCACCGUAAGUCAGACGCUGAUUAGAGAGACUCCCUGACGUCCACCAAAGCAGGACCAGCCCUUCAAGAGUAAAAAGACCACGAAGUACCCCUCUUCUGUCAACACUCGAGAACCGCUCCAAAGGAACCACCAUGGCACGCUUUCUUCUGGCUACUGUGGUCAUCCUUGAGUGCGGGUUGUGGGUAGUUGGACAUCCCUGUAAUGGCACCUCCUUGCAAGGCUGUGUUGCAAAUUUGGAAGCCAGCUUUAAUUGCAUCGGCACCAACGGAGACGCAACGGGUUUCCCCAAAGAGGUGUGCUACACGGAGAAGUGCACCAAAGCUAUCAAAGAUCAUAUCAAGUUUGAGUUUGAAGCUGCCUUCUUAUACAUGCAUAUGGGAGCCUACUUUGCCCAGGACACCGUAGCCAGACCUGGCAUGACCAAGUUUAUGCUAGAAUCCGCAUCGGAGGAGAGGAGCCAUGCUAUCCUUAUGCUCGACUAUCUCAACAAGCGAGGUGUCGCUAUCUCACAGGAUCUCCAAUUCAACUUCAGUGAAGCAGAUGUAAGAUCAGAUGAGGCCAUUGUUAAGAAGAAACCUCUUACCAUGCUUGUGGCACUCGAAGCGGCUCUCAAAAUGGAGAUCAGUGUUACAAACAAGAUUCACAACGUCGUGAAGGAAUGCGAGCACGACUACCACGGGGCCGACGUGUUCACCAACCCCAUCUUGGACGAGCAGCACGAAGGCAUCCGCACUUCAGGGCGCGUCCAGGAAUACAAAAACCUGGUACAUGGCCACAGCGAGAGCGUUGCCAUGGUGGACUUCAUCUUCGACCAAAAGAUAUUGAAGGAAUCCCUCUAAGUUACCACUCCUCCCGAGUUCUAGAGAGGCGGGCUAGCAGAGUAACAAGCAUCAACGAUUUUUAGAGUGCCAUUUCAGUUGUAGUCUGUGCUUUUUUCACACCCCGUAAAUCAUUUCGAGCAAAA